AUGUAUACACCUCAACCAAAUAAAAAAAAAAUAUCUGAAAUUUCUAAAAGAGUGUCUAAAUCUGAAACCAAAGCCCCACUUUCGAAAUGUAAAGCAGAGAGACAUCAUAAAAUUUUAUUUGUAGGCGAAGGAAAUUUCUCAUUUUCAACUUCUUUAUUGGAAAAACAUAACCAAAAUCAUCACACAAAUGAUGGGAAAUUUUUAAAAAUAACCGCUUCAGAUUUAUAUAUUUCCCAAACAGUUUACAAUAAAUUUAAAGUUCAUAAGGAUGUACUUAUAAAAACUGGAGUUACAACCUACGGAUGUUGUGAAGAUAAUGUUAAAAAAUGUGAUAACUGUUUGUUGACAAUUAAAAAUAUUGAAUUUUUAAUAAUUUCUGAAUGUACUGUUAUUUUUGGAUUAGAUGCAACAAAAAUACAUGAAUCAAAUGAAAGAUAUUCAAAAAUAUAUUGGUCAAUGCCUCAUGAUAGAAGUUCAUUUAUGGAUCCAAGUCUUCCUAAUUUGAUUAGUGAUUUCUGUUUAUCAUGUUCUAAAGUUCAAAGAUUGGGUGACAAGGUACAUUUGAUAAUCUCUCAGACUAAAAAAGAUGAUCCAACGUAUCAUACCAUAUUCCAACAAGGAAUAAUAUUAUCGAAAGUCCAUUUAUUGCCGGAUACACUUUGGAAAAAAGAAUUUUUUUUAACAAUCAAAGAUAUACGGGAUAUAAACAUCAACAGAAGGCAGGAAUAA